AAGUCAGCCGUGCUCCGUAUAUAACUGCGGGCUGAAACCUGUGAAGGAGGCAAGCACACUCUCCGAACCUGUGAUCGGCUCCAUCUCAGCCUGCGGGGCUUCAUGCCUGUCAGAAAGACAGACCAUGCGAGCGACACUUGCUGUGACAGCCUGGAUGGUCUCUUUAGUCUCUUGUUACUCAUAUACCUCGACUACUUUGCCAGAUAUUGAAAAUGAAGAUUUCAUCCAAGACUGUGUUCGAAUUCAUAACAAGUUCCGCUCAGAAGUAAACCCAACAGCCAGUGAUAUGCUGUACAUGACUUGGGACACAAAACUAGCCCAAAUUGCAAAAGCCUGGGCAAAAACUUGCCAGUUUAAACAUAACGAACAGCUGAAGCCACCCCACAAGCUACACCCAAACUUCACUUCGCUGGGAGAAAAUAUCUGGACCGGAUCUGUAUCCAUAUUUUCUGUGUCUUCAGCCAUCACAAACUGGUACAGUGAAAUCAAGUACUAUGACUUCAAGACUCGGAAAUGCCAGAAAGUCUGUGGCCAUUAUACUCAGGUUGUUUGGGCAAAUAGUUAUAAAGUUGGCUGUGCAGUACAAUUUUGUCCUAAAGUUUCUGGCUUUGAAACUCUUUCUGCUGGAGCACAUUUUAUAUGCAACUAUGGACCAGCAGGAAAUUACCCAACUUGGCCAUAUAAGAAAGGAGCCACUUGCAGUGCCUGCCACAAGAAUGACAUGUGUUUGGACAAACUCUGUGGUGACAUGUUUUUAUGCCCAUGAGCAAUCCUCAUGACACUCCUUUACAACCAGUGAUGAAAACUGAGAUGAGUAUUUUAAAUAAUUUAGGGGGUAAUUUAAUUGUUGCCACUGUUGUCUGUCUUCCCCCAAUGGAUCUAAAUUCCAAAUGGGCAGGAAUUAUGCUUAGCUUAUUCACCUAUGUAUCCAGAGUAUCUAGUUCAGUGCUUCAGUGGCUAGCAAAUAAGCACGUACUAUGUGAGUGCCUGUUUCCUGGAAAAAUCUGACAUUCCCUUUAAAAACCUAGGUAAUUAGUGCCACCACCACACCACCACCACAAUGACAGUAACAAGAAGGAAACUGCUGGAGCUUUAACUUUUGAUCUUUGGAUAUCUGCCUUGAGGUGGUCUCUAAUCUUUUCUGAUAACAUCCAGAAGAUUAAAGCUAUAGUCCAAUUAUAAAAAAACCUCUGGACUCUUAAGAGAGAUGAAGGGAAAACACAAGCUAACUUGCAUGGUAUUUACAAAGAUUUUCUGAAACCCAUCACUCAUUUACUUUAGAUGGCUUCUCAACAUCCUCCAGGUUGAUCCUGUCACUAAUUUCUUAGUCACAAAGCUAGAUUUAUGUAGUUUCUGUUUUACAUAAAUGUAGGCUUAUUUUAAAGCUUUCUGGUUUUUUUGCACUAAUACUGAAUAAAUGAUAGAAAUUGCAAUUUAAAAGACUUCAGAAGAGCUUCUCUUACCUUUUAUCAUGAACUCUGACAGGAUAAGGAUUAGAGGAUAAAAGCUGUUUUCUAACAGACUCCAACUCGGGCAAAUUACAGCAAUGAUUGGGGGAAAAAAUUCCUUCGUGGUUUUCUAGAUACUGUUGUUAGUUCAAUAAAUACCCAUGAAAGCCAAAUCAAGGCUGUUUCUUAAAAUGUGCCGGGCAUACCAAUGACACAUAAAAGUGAGUUUAGGUAGUACAUGGAGGUACAUUUGUUUUAGUAGUUGAGUAUCUACCAUUUUUAAGAUAUACAUACAAGAAAAAAUAUAACUAGGACAUCAGAACAAAUGGUUAAGUGCUCGGCUACUAACUGAAAGGUCUGCAAUUUGAAUCCACCCAGAGGAGC